CACUGUCUUCAUCCACUUGACUCCUAAGACCCGCCCACACGUGGCCAACCUUUCGCGUGUUUUAAUGCUUUUACACUGCAGGUUCAUGUGUUGAGACCAACCUUAUAUGGACUGAUCGGACAAGGUAAUGGCUUAUUUCCCUCUAGCACCCAGCAGUAGCACAGUAUCCAUGAGCCACAUAUAGCACUUCAGCCACUUUGGCAUUCUUCCUGGACUUACAGACACUGAAUCCACUGCUACUUGCUUAGCGGAUUGUCCGAAAAGCUGGUGCAGCAACUUUUCCCUGCAUAUUUCCCCCCACCAGAAUAUGUCGUUGACCAACACAAAGACGGGCUUUUCUGUAAAGGACAUUUUGGACCUUCCUGACACAAAUGACGAAGAAGGAUCUAUCACCGGAGCGGAGGAAGACACGGAGGGAUCGGAGACCACGUCCACGACAAAAAACACUGGAGUUUUGGUGCAAAGUCCUCUAGAAAACGUUCCUAAUCUGCCUUUAAAGAAUCCCUUUUAUGAUAGUAGUGACAAUCCUUACACACGAUGGCUUGCUACUACGGACAGUAUUCAAUAUUCAUUGUUUCUCCCGUUUCUUGCCGCAGUGCACGGUCUAUCCGCCAGCUCUCAGGACUCGGCCAAGUCCCCGGAGCCGUCCGCGGACGACGAAUCGCCGGACAACGAUAAAGAAACUUCCAGCAGCGGCGGCAGCGACUCCGGCAAGAAACGGAAAAGGAGGGUGUUGUUUUCCAAGGCGCAAACUUACGAGCUGGAGCGUCGCUUCAGGCAGCAGAGGUACCUGUCCGCCCCGGAGAGGGAGCACCUGGCCAGCCUGAUUCGCCUCACCCCGACCCAGGUGAAGAUCUGGUUCCAGAACCACCGGUAUAAGAUGAAGAGAGCCCGGGCCGAGAAAGGUAUGGAAGUGACCCAUCUCCCUUCUCCCAGGCGGGUGGCCGUGCCCGUCUUAGUCAGGGAUGGAAAGCCUUGUCACACUCUUAAAGCUCAGGACUUGGCGGCCACUUUUCAGGCCGGGAUCCCCUUCUCGGCUUAUAGUGCCCAGUCACUCCAACACAUGCAGUAUAACGCGCAGUACAGCGCCGCGGCCACGCCACAGUUCCCAGCACAUCACUUGGUGCAAACGCAACAGUGGACUUGGUGAGAGAAAUUAUAGAGACUUGGCUUGGAGGCACGGUAGGGAGUUUCACCACAAAGCAAAGAAAAAAAAUAAAACGCAAAAAACAAAAGACUUUUCAUUUUUGCAGCUUGACUCAUAUAUAUAUACUACCAUUUUUAUUCGGGGCUCAUGUGUGCGCCGUGUUUACAUGUUUUCGUUAAGAGAACUGGGUCCGAACCUCUCCCUUAUAGAUUUUAUUGAGAAUGUCAAUGCUCUUCUUGUGAAUUUUUUUGUAAAGUAUGUUGUGUGUUGGUUGUAGAGAUGUUUUUCUCUUUUUUUUUCUUUUGUCCCUUCGUGUUAUUAUCAGCACGUACGAACCACUUUAUAAUUAUAGAAAUUUUAAUUUCUUGCUUCUUUUAUGGACCGAAAAAAAUAUUUAUGGCCAUGAAUAAACACUGGCAACUUUGCAGCUAUUUUCCUUUUGUUUUUAUUUCCUGUAAAUAUUUUGUGGCAAAUGUUUGCAACAUAGAGAGCUUUAGGGAGCUUAAAGCUGAAGUUUGGCCUCUAUAUAUUUACACAAAAACAACGGGGGAGUGAUUUUUGGCAAAACGUUGUGACUACACAUAUGUAAAUAACAGUGUAGCCGCGCGGUGUUGGCUAAAUAUCCCACAAUUUUUUAUAAGGAUUUUAAAAUAAAAUGCUGUGUUUUUGAAAAGAGGGUUUGGUUUAUAUAAGUGUCCAUAUUCGAUUUGAUCAUCUCUGAAAAGACAUCUAAACAUCACAAUGAAAGGCGAGGAGUUAAACACUAUAUUGUGGGACAGAAUGGAGCUUGACUCUGGGAAUAAAUCUCUAGCGCACUUCAGUUCUUUCUUUUUAGGCAAAUUUAAUCCGGAGAAUAUUUUUUCCCAAUCCGAACACCUCACUAAUAAAGAGCCUAAAGUCACUUGUGAAAUGGGACCAAAAUCCACUCACUUAAUAUAAGAGGGCUUCUUCACACAAGAAGCUUUUGAGUCAAAAGCUCUCCUUUUUGUCAGCAUUCCCACUCCCGGCCUUGGGCGUAAAGUGGCAGACUGUGGGGGGAAAAUCGUUUUAAUGCAAUAAAUGUUUUGUUAUCUUGUUAAGCGCUAAACUGCAAAUAGAGCAGGAAUAAUCAAUGAGUCACCAGUCUUCUUUGUUUAACCACGGCGAACGGUCAACUAAAAUACGCACGGCUUAGAGGGGCUUUUACCGCCUAAUAAAGUUACUUUUCAUAUGAUCAUAUAACGUGUUAGCAAUGACAUUCCACAUUCAACUAUACUUUGCUCUAAUAGUCACCAUCUUAUUUAAGGUGAAACCAAAACAAGCACAAAUGGCUCCCCAGUGAUCCGUAGCGCACUGCGGAUUAUCAGAUCCAGUCAAUAUCUUGGGUAAAUAUGAUAACCUAGUAGAAAAAUCUAUGCAUCGUGUUUGUCCCGGGACAAAAAAAAUCCCACAACAGAUGUUAGAGUCGCCCCUAUCAUCACUGAACAAACAGCCAAAUUGGGCAGAUUUGCUAAUUAUUUACAGAAUUGAGUCUCAAGGGGCUACUGCUUUUGUGGGCGACGCAGACUCAAUUUGUCCCGGACAGAGAGGUUUUGUGUUUCAACACUGGUUGAGCGUGUAGGUCAAAUAAAUCAGCAGUUUGCUUAUAUUGUUUCGUUUUUGAAGUAUUUGUGGAUAAACAAGAAAUGACGCGUUGCUUAUAUCGUGCCAAGCAUCGCCUAUAUAGCAUAUUAAGUGUGAGGAGAAAUACGAUAUGAGAUGGGAAUUAUGAAGUAUAUUGCCAGAGGCGGUGAUGAAGGACUGGCUGUGAUUGGAUUGUUGUGGUUGAUAUUCUGGCUUCUUAAAAAAAAAAAAACGAAAAAAAAAAAAACGGAACAAAUGGGAUUUAAGACUAAUAUUUAAAACCUCAUAGAAAAAUGUAGACCUUUGUGUGUCUCUUUGCCUCCAGAUGUUGCCUCUGUGAUGAGACAGUUUUGUGACUCUAUCAUUGCAUAAUACAGUACACGACACAACAGUAGAGACAAAAGCCCAGGCCUGGUUUUGCUGGAUGUUAGAGGCGUGCAUGUUAACGAGCAUGCAGCAGCAGCAGCAGCAGCAGGAAAGGGGCUGCAGACAGUGUAGAUAGAGAGACUGACAGAGUUUCUUGGUGCUGUUCAGAGUCAGGGAGAUGUAUCCUUGGGCUUUUUGUCCUGCCUGUCACUUGGUGCCAUUGUGAUCUUUGCUGCACACGUUGUAUCCCAUAUGGGCAGCUGGGCUCGGACAAGGAGAAAAGGAUCUCUCACAAACCCCAAAUUGUAUCAAGCUUUCAAAUAAAGCAUUGUUGUCUCUCAAAGAAAAACGAAUUAAAAAUUCGUGCUAUAUCUAUUCUGGUAAAAAAAGAAAAAAGAAGCCCCAUUCACAGAUAACAGGGAGUCCUUCUUCCUUGAUAGAGCUAUGCCAACAACAGCCUUCUCAUUUCUCUUUCCCCUCUCUCCCCCGUUCUCCAGAGUGAAAGGCGGAUUAUUGUCUGUCCAAAAAAAGUCGCUCGUCACAGCGCAAAAAAACUAUUUUUAAUACCAGACAGUGUUCUUCCUUAUUUGCUUUGAGUCCCGCUGGUAUGCGUAGGCCUGUUUCUAAAAUAGAAUUUGUUUUAUGGAUUUCCGCAUCAGGUGUAAAACCGAGCUGCUGCGAACAUUCCAAAGAUUGGAUUUCACAAAACCUUUCCUGGAUUUUGCUGUAAAUUAGCCUAUACCAAGACGCUUUUCAAACUGGUAGCAAUUACAGAAUAUGCCAAUAGUAAGGUUAAUUAAUCUAAGAGGUAAAUGUUGAAGCUUCCAUUUGCAUUCUAAUUUCAUUGUGUGUCCGAUGAUCUGAAAGUGAUGCAGAUGUUUUUUUCAUGGGAACCAAAACUGGUGAUACUGGCAGGUGUUUGGUGGACUAAUGCGCCAAGAUUGACUGCCGUUGGAAAAUUUGAAUUUAUAAGCCAUGAAAAUGGCUCUUUUAUUUCUAAAUGUCAUAUUUUAUUAUGCAUUCAUAUUUAUAGAUCUUUUGUAUUUUAUUAUACCUUUUACAAAGCAACCCCCUUUAAAUCUAAAGCACUCUGGGCCUGUUUGUCCCCAAAUUUAUUUUAGAUUUAAACACAUUUUUAGGUCAACCCCCCAAAAAAAUGGAUUUGUGCAUCCAGUCACGCUCUGUUGUGUUUGCGUCAAAACAGCUGCAAAAUAAAAAAAUAUCACCUUUAUCAGCCUUUAUGGUAAACUUUUACGGUGAACAAUUUUCGCUUUGCAACCGUAUUUUGUCAUUAACGCACCAGAAAAUUAUACCACCCCUCUACCAGCUCAGCAACAGGGUCAGAUUUAUCGGAAAUUGCUUUUGGCUGCUUGAAGGGAUAAAACAGGCGACAUUAAAACAAGCAUCUUGGCAUGCAGCAUAGUUCAACCUGCGUGGAUAACACUAUUAUAUACCUUGGAAUACAAUACUUGAGGAAAUAUGCACUUGGGACACCAUGGAUCUUCGUCAUCCUGCCCAUUUGAACCUCGACAUGAAUCAUUUUUCUAUCGUGCACAUCGCCAAAUAAACGAGGAUUUCAAAGCUGUAAUAAGCGGUGCUUUUCAUUUAAAGGAAGCUAUCUGGGUUUUAUUGCCUUAAAGGAGAUCCAGAUUAGAUUCGCCACAGUGCCGAUAUUAAAGAGAGA